GAAAUUGCUCGCCAUCGUCACCGCACGCUGCCUUCUGAGAGGUAGUGUACUGUCGCUAGUUAUACACGUCUAGUGAUGGCUGCAAAUCAGUUCAACAAGGGACCAGCUUAUGGACUUUCUGCCGAAGUGAAAAGCAAAAUAGCACAGAAGUAUGACCUGCAGAAAGAAGAGGAGCUCCGCGUCUGGAUUGAGGACAUAACAGGCUGCAGCAUUGGGGAUGAUUUCCAGAAGGGCCUGAAGAAUGGUGUCAUUCUGUGCCAACUGAUAAAUAAAUUGCAGCCGGGGUCGGUGAAGAAAGUUAACAACUCCUCUUUGAACUGGCACCAGCUGGAGAACCUGUCUAAUUUCAUCAAAGCCAGUACAAUGUACGGCCUGAAGCCUCAUGACAUCUUUGAAGCCAAUGACCUGUUUGAGUGUGGGAACAUGACAUCAGUCCAGACAUCUCUCCUGGCUCUUGCUGGCAUGGCUAAGACUAAAGGAGUGCAAACGCGGGUGGAAAUUGGUGUGAAAUAUGCUGAUAAACAAGAAAGGGCUUUCGACGAGGAGAAGAUGAAGGCCGGGCAGUGUGUCAUUGGCCUCCAGAUGGGUACAAACAAGUGUGCUAGCCAGGCCGGUAUGAACGCUUAUGGGACCAGAAGGCAUUUGUAUGACCCAAAGGCUAAUGUUCUUCCACCCAUGGACAGCUCAACUAUCGGUCUGCAAAUGGGCACCAAUAAGGGUGCAAGCCAGGCUGGCAUGACAGCCCCUGGCACCAGACGAGCCAUCUAUGACCAGAAGCUGGGAACGGACAAAUGUGACAACACCACCAUGUCCUUACAGAUGGGCUCCAACCAGGGUGCCAAUCAGAGUGGGCAAAACUUUGGUCUGGGACGCCAGAUCUACGAUGCCAAGUACUGCCCAAAGGGUGAACUUCAAGACAUGCCAUAUGAGACGGAGGACAAUGGUUAUGACCAGGACCAGGGUUAUGUGGGCCAUUAAUGGAACAAAACAUGUAAAAGGACACACACACACACACACACAGAGUAGAGACACACAGUGUGUUUUUCUCUUCCUCUACAGGUUAACAUCCAAUGCAUUGAGGCUGUGCUUUAUGUUAGAAAAACGGAACAACAUGUAUUGCGUUCGUCUCUCCUUUUUUAGCCGUCUAGGCCCUAGUGUUCAGCCAUGCUGUUGUUUACUGCCAAGAGCAACACAUUCAUAUCCUCUCAUCUAACAAAAGCCUCUUUGUGGGACCACAUCAGAAAGUGUUAGCAUAAUUUUUGUUUUUGUCUUGAAGACAGUAUGGGUGGUCCUCUCGCUGCUCCACUGUAUCUGAAAAAAAAAUGUAUUGUAAUUUUCCUCAAUCCAAUUCUCUAACUUUUACCUCCUGUUUCUUGCCAUGCCAUUUAGUUGAACGACACAUAUAGUUCCUAUCCUUGUCUUGCCUAAUUUUUUUGGCAUGCAUCUGUACACAUUCAUCUCUAGGUUAUCUUGACUUAACCUGACCCAUCCUCUCACAUCCUUGACUAAUGUACCUAGGACCAUGAGGUACAUUUAAUUAACCAUGAUGUUACUGAACAAGCUGAAUAUGCUUUGGGAAAAAUCGUUAUACAUUCCACAUGAGUCUUUAAGUGACAAUUGCAAGUGUUGUUCAUUGUUCUUUUUAAAUUCCAGAGGAAAAUAUUCAUCAAAAAGGGUGUUCCAUAUUAUUUGAUUUUGUAUAUUUUUUAAUUAAUAAAGUUAACCUGUCGUCUUUUGUG